AGGGCGCGGGGCGGCUGAGGCCUUCCGCGAGGCAGAGGGGUGCGGCCAGCCCGGGGUUGAGCACUACAUGCGGAGGCGCGACGGCAUGCCGCUCGGGAUCGACGUCAUGCAGCCCCCCGGCGGCGGCUUCGGCGGCGGAGGCCGUGAUGGAGACUUUUCUGGAGGCCCUGGCGCUGGCCCGCUGGUUGGCCGGCCGGAGGGGCCGCCGCAGGGUGCGCCCCAAGGCAGGGGCCCAGCGGGCGGGGUGCAGCGCAUGCCCCUGCCACCAGGGCUGCUGGCCGGCGGCGGGGGCGCGGCCGACGUGGGCGGCCAGCAGCAGCAUCAGCAGCCGCCGCCCGCGCAGCCGGUGAGAGGCGCCGCCAAGGGCGCUGCCCCCAAGGGCUCGGGGGCCGCACGUCAUCCUGCGCAGCAGCCCGCUGGCGGUCUGGGAGGCCAGCUGGCGGCGCAGCACAUGUCGCUCGGACCGGCGGGGCAGACGGGCCCCAGGGGCGGCGCCCAGGAGGGCGGCCAGAUACCGUACCUCGGCCAGAGGGCCCCUCUACCACAAGAUCGAGGCGUGCAAAAGGGCGGCAACAACUGCAGCGUCAACAACGGCACCGGCAAGGGCUGCGGGCUGGCGGGCACCCGAGCGGCGCCCAUGGACGGCGUCGGCGGGAGGCCGCCGCAGCAGCAGCAGCACCACGCGAAGCAGAUGCCGGCACAGCCACCAGCCAACAUGCCGCUGCAGCAGGCGCAGGUGCUGACUCAGGCGGGCCCUUCGGCAGUAUCUGUACCGCCAGACUUGGCCGACAGGCUGGCCCAGACCACGGGGCAAGGGCGCGGCCGCUCCACGUUCACCUUCGAGAUGAUCAUCGACAGGAACUCCUCGACCCGCCUCGGCAUCGACGUGAUACUCGCCCACGGGGGCACCACGGCCUGCGAGGGGCUACUCGUCGAGCGCAUCUCCGAGGGGGGGUCCGUGGAUCUGUGGAACCAGCAGAGCACGCAACCGUACGUCAUGCGGCGCGGGGACAUCAUCUUGGAGGUCAACGGCAUCUCGCAGAACCCGCCGAGAAUGGCCAGGGAGUUCUCGCACGGGGAGACCUCGGAGAUCCGCUUCACAGUGCAGCGCCUCAGGGAGCCCGCGCGGCAGGGCGCCAUCGAGCAGCUCUUGCCGGGGGCCCCCGCCGCCGAGGAGGCCCUGGCGGACCGCGAGAUCAUGGCCGCCGAGCAGGCCCUCGACCUUCGGGAGGUGUUCGUCAGACAUCGGGAGGGUCGAACUUCGGCGGAGUUCGGGGCGGAGGUCGGCGAGGCCGAGCCCGAAGCCGAGCAGGGCACGGUCGAGGA